AUGACUCGUUCUGAAACCAAGCUGCUGCUGCAGCUAUUCAAUUAUGCAAAUCACACUUCAAAAUCAAUGAAGUCAGGUGUUAUUGACGACGCAUUAGGGUUUCUUAAUGCAGUAAAAGUUGCAUUUCAAAAUAACAUGCAAAAGUAUGAUCAGUUUUUAAAAGUCCUAAGAGAUUUCAGUGCUAAAAGAAUUUAUAUAAGUCGUGUCAAAUCAAAAUUGAAGAUGUUGUUUAAAGGGCAUAAAUCUUUAAUUCUGGAAUUCAACUCUUUCGUGCCCAAGAAACAUCAAAUCAAACUACUUUCAUUAGAUAAUGGUGAACUUGCUCAACUUCCUUGGGAUGUGCUUGAUAUCAUUUGCGAAAAACUAGAUUUUGACGACCUCUUUUCGUUUCCUGGUGUUUGCAAGAACUGGUGGACUUUCCAUAAAUCAAAUUUCUUGUCAUCCCAAGAACCAUUGCUUGUUCGUUUCACUGGUUAUCAUACCCACUCAUAUUCCUUUAUUAGCAUACACAAUAAAAAAGUUUAUGAUUUGAACAUGAUGAAUUGCUUCCAGCAACCCAAAUGUGUCUAUGUUGGAGUUUCCAGCGGAUUUUUCAUCUUCGCCCGUGAAAAUAAUUCAUUUGUGCUAUUCAAUCCAUUUACAAGAAAAGAAUUGGUAAUCCAUGCUACUUUUACGGUUAAUCAUAUCACAAUUUAUCAGUACCAAGCCUUGCUUGCUUUUGAGAAAUGCUCCCAGGAAUAUGUCUUGCUUCUUUUAUGCAAAGAGUCUAGCCGUUUGUAUGCCUAUCAAUCUCGAUACUCUCGUUGGUGUAUUUAUUCAACAUUAAAACCGGAGGAGCUGGUAGUUGACUUUGUGGUUUUGAACAAUAUAAUAUAUGUUGUCACUAACAAUGCCAACAUAGGGGUACUAAACUUGAAUUCUCGAAAUAUUAAAUUUCUAAACCUCAAGAAUACUCCCGACAAACUUCCCUCAAAAACAUCCUUUAAUUUGGCUAAUUGUGAUGACCAACUUCUACUGAUUCAUUUACAAUUGUACACAAGAAGGCAAGUUUACAAGAUAGACCUGUCAACCAUGAAUUAUGUUAAGAUGAAAAGUUUGGGUGACAUUGCAUUGUUUUAUGUUUCUCGUAAAAACUGUCGGGCAUUGAGCAAUCCUCAGAGAUUUGGGUAUCGGAGCAAUUACGUGUAUGAAGUAAAUUCUUUUUCCAAAUGUGGUAUGUAUGAUUGGAACGAUCAUAGAUUAAGUUAUUAUAAGCGUUCUGCUGGAGACUUCAAUUUUGAUUGGUGUUUUAGACAUUUUGUAUGUCAAGGUUCUGUUAGAAGCGACUUCAAUUUAUUUGAUUGGUGUUUUACACAUUUAAAAUAUCAAGUUGAUUAUUCUUUAGUUGAAUAA